AUGUAUCGUGCAGCGCUAAGAACGGCAUCACGGCCCGCCGUCGGUUUGCGCACUUCUCUGGCCCAGGCCGCACCCCGGCGAUUUGCCUCGACGGCUCCCGCCGACAGGCCGCGGUCAUGGAAGAGCUCUGCCUUCCGGUGGGGGUUGGCGAUUGCUGGUGUCUACUACUACAACACGAGCCAUGUGUUUGCAGACGAGGCUGAGGCCCACGCCCUGCCCGUCGCUGCCCCGUAUGCCGACAACGAACUGCCCACCGUCGACGCCCUGAUCGAGCAGAAGCGAAAGCAGGCCAGCCCUCCUCACCCCGUCGAGCCGGCUUCGACAAAGCCCGAAGCUCCCAAGCCCGAGGCCUCCAAGACAGAAGCAACCCCGACGGACGACAAGUCAGAAGCGCCCGCCCAGAGCGCAGCCGGAUUCGGCGGAUCAGCCGAUGCACUGGAGGAGGAGGCCAGCCAGGAGGGCGCCUUCAACCCGGAGACGGGCGAGAUCAACUGGGACUGCCCCUGCCUGGGUGGCAUGGCGCAUGGACCCUGCGGAGAGGAGUUCAAGACGGCCUUCAGCUGCUUCGUGUACUCGACCGAGGAGCCCAAGGGCAUGGACUGCAUUGAAAAGUUCCAGGGCAUGCAAGAGUGCUUCCGAAAGUACCCGGAGAUCUACGGCGCUGAGCUCGAAGAUGCUGAUGCCGAAGCCGAUGCGCCGACCGAGGGCCAAGAGGCGGCGGCGUCUGCGGCGUCUACGGCGGCUGUUGGGACAGCCCCCGAGCCCUUUGCCGAAGACCGACAAGAGCUUCGGGAGGAAAUUGUCAAGGGUAGCCACUCGAAUGGCGCAGAGACGGACAACCUUCCCGGAGUCAAGCUGGUUGGGAGCGUGACUGGUGAGGUUGUCGAAGUCCAAAAGAAGGAGCAGAAGUAA